CUGCGGUUGUGGGCUUGACUUCGGUGUCGUCUACCUCCACCAGCAGCGGGGUGCGAAUCACAUCGACACUCUGCGGACAUGGCCGGACGGGACCGAGUCGUUCACCUGCUCAGACAGCUGGAGCGCGCGGCAUGCAGAUGUCCUGCUCACUCCAACACCUUCCACCAAGGUGCUGGAGCUGCAACCUGCACCGUCCGGAAAACAGACUACGCCUUCGAGAUGGCAAGUUCCAGCAUCAGAUAUGGAGACGGAGUCAGCAGAGAGAUUGGCAUGGACCUGCAGAACCUCGGAGCUCGGAACGUCUGUCUGAUGACGGACAAGAACUUGUCCUUCCUCCCGCCGGUGAAGGCCGUCCUGGAGUCUCUGGCUGAGAAUGGAGUCAAGUACAAAGUCUACGACAAUGUCCGGGUGGAGCCCACCGACACCAGUUUUAAAGAGGCCAUUGCUUUUGCUAAAAACGACUCGUUCGACAUGUUUGUGGCGGUGGGCGGGGGCUCUGUGAUCGACACCUGUAAAGCAGCAAAUCUGUACGCGUGUCACCCCGACGCCGACUUCCUCGACUUCGUCAAUGCCCCGAUCGGCAAAGGGAAGCCAAUCACCAGAGCCCUGAAGCCGCUCAUUGCAGUUCCUACGACUGCAGGAACCGGCAGCGAGACCACCGGAGUCGCCAUCUUUGACUUUGAGCCUCUGAAAGCCAAAACAGGUAUCGCCAGCAGAGCCAUCAGACCCACCCUGGGCAUCGUGGACCCGAGACACACACUGAGCAUGCCCGAGAGAGUCGCCGCCAACAGCGGCUUCGACGUCCUCUGUCAUGCUCUGGAGUCGUACACCGCUCUGCCCUACAAUCAGAGGAGCCCCUGCCCCCCCAACCCCAUCAACCGCCCCGCCUACCAGGGCAGCAACCCCAUCAGUGACGUCUGGUCCCGCCACGCCCUCAACGUGGUUGCCAAGUACAUGAAACGAGCGGUGCGGGACCCGGAGGAUCUGGAGGCUCGAUCCAGCAUGCACCUGGCCAGCGUGUUCGCAGGCAUCGGCUUCGGAAACGCCGGAGUUCACCUGUGUCACGGGAUGUCGUAUCCGAUUGCUGGAAACGUGAAGACUCAUUCAGCGAAGGGUUACAGCGUGGAGCACCCUCUGGUGCCUCAUGGUCUCUCAGUGGUCCUCACGUCUCCGGCCGUCUUCAACUUCACAGCCCCGAUGUGUCCAGAGCGCCACCUAGAUGCUGCAGAGAUCCUCGGUGCAGACAUUCGGCAGGUGAAGAGGGAGGAUGCGGGUGCGGUUCUGGCCGACACGCUGCGUCAGUUCCUGUAUGACUUGCAGGUGGAGGAUGGACUGGGAGCUGUGGGAUACUGUAAAGACGACAUCCCGGCUCUGGUGAAGGGAACCAUCCCUCAGGAGCGAGUGACCAAGCUGUCUCCCAGAGGACACACCGAGGAGGACCUGAGCCAGCUGUUUGAAGCCUCCAUGAAGCUCUACUGAAGGACGCUUCCAGUACACACUCUGUUCAUCACUGUUCAGUAUACACCUGAUCUCAGGUCUGUUGUGUGUUGAGCUGCAGUUCUUCUGACAGCCACUAGAUGUUGCUGUUUCUCAGCCUGCACAGACUCACUGUGACGAUUCUGGACAUUUGAUCACAUCGAGUCAUUUUAUCAGCUUUUAGAAUUUGAUUUUAUAUUUACAUACAAAUAUAAAAUAAAAGACAGAUUUACAGAUCGA